UUCAGCUCAGCGAGAAGGGUGGCGGGCGGCGGGUGGACCUCGGCUGCGGCGCCGGCUGCGGGGCGAUCAUCGACAGCGGCACGUCCCUGCUGGCGGCGCCAGCCGCGGUGGUCCAGCAGCUGCAGGAUUCGCUGGAGGGACUUCACGCAGACUGCAGCAACAUGAAGGACAUGCCCAGCCUGACCUUCAGCGUCGGCGGGCACACCCUCAGCUUGCCUCCCGACGCAUACAUCGGCAAGGUGGUCGACGAGGCCGCGCGCGGCACCGCUGGCUUCCUGAGCUUGCCGGCACCGCCGCCGGGGAGGAGGCACACAGCUGUCGGCUCCUGGUGCUGGAGCAAGACGCGGCCACCCAGUUCGGCCCCAUGUGGAUCUUGGGCAUGCCCUUCUUCAGGAGACUACUACACAACCUUCGACGUGGGCGGCAACAGCGGCCUGCAGCGCUCGAUCUUCGUCUCCCUCGCCGACCCAAAGUGCGAGCCCGCGAAGGAGGAGGCCGUGUCCCAGGGGGGCCCCGCGCUCCUGGGCUCGAAGGUUGCCGCGCGGAGCGUCAACGCCUCGCGGCUCGCGCUGCCGGGCUGGGCCCGCGCCGCCGCCCGGCGGGGCUUCCUCUCGAUAUGACCCGGCGGGUUUGCGGCGUGCGGGCCCGCGUCGGGCCCGCGGCGCGCGGGGGGGCCCGACCGAGGCAGAGGCGCGCGCCGCUCCGCCUCCGCCUCCCCCAUCCCCCGCCCCUCUUGUCCCCCUCGCUGUCCGAGAAAUCCGCGCGUAGC